UAGUAGAUCUCAUCAUUUGACGUUUGUGGUUCGGAUCUCGGGUUAGGUUUACAAAAAUACAUUUUCUAUUUUAGUAAUUUAGUGAGAUGUACGAGAACUUGCUAGAAUACUCACCAACAUCAAGUAUAUAAAAGCGAGUCCGAUCGCCAAAGUGAAUAAAACACCGACCUAGCAGAUAUCUGACAACAAUGAUAGAUCUUACAGAAGCUGAAAGUUACAAGAAUAAAGGCAAUGAAGCCUUUAAGUCUGAAAACUACGAAGAAGCCGUAUCACUAUACAGUAAGGCUAUCAAUUUAGCUCAGAAGGACACACGUGAGUACGCUACGUAUUUGAAGAAUCGUGCAGCAGCAUAUCUUAAGAUGAAAGAGUACCAUAAAGUAAUAAAAGAUUGUGAUGAAGCUUUAUCAAUUGUCCCCGAAGAUCCAAAAGCUUUGUUUCGCCGCUCACAAGCGUUAGAAUGCUUAGAGCGUUUUGAGGAGGCAUAUAGAGAUGCUAAAACGAUAUUCACAGUGGAUCCCAGUAAUAAAGCGGUACAACCAAUUCUGUCGAGAUUGUAUGCUAUUGUUCAGGAAAGAGUUAAAAAUGCAGCACAAACAACUUCAAAAGUGGACCAGAUGUUUAAACUAGCGUUUGAAAUGAGUGAAGACAUUGAGAAACGUGAAAAAGCUAUAGUUAACCUACUUGUUCUGGCGAAGGAAAACACAGGUGCAGAAGUGAUGAUGAAAAAUGGUGUUGUCAACAAAAUACAACAAUUGGUGAAGAUUGAAAAGAAUAUGGAUAUAUAUGUGAAUGCUAUUAGGGUUAUUGGCCAACUCUGUAAAAGAAAUGUAGAUAGGACGAAAGAAAUUAUCAAAUUGGUUGGAAUCCCAUGGUUUUUAGAAAUCAUUGACAGUGAAAAUGAAACAAGAGUUAAUGCUGCUCAAUAUUGCUUGCAGAUCAUCCUGAAUACAUUUUCAGGAAUGGAUACCAAAAAAGAUACAAAACCGGACACUUCUCUAUGUGAACAACAUAAGAGUGAAAUUGAUACACUACUGACAUGUUUGACAUACUCUAUUACUAAUAGAGUCAUAACAGGCUUAGCUAGAGAUGCGAUUAUAGAACUGAUUAUGAGAAACUGCCACUAUAGUAGCCUUAAUUGGGCUGAAAGGUUUGUUGAAAUUAGGGGCCUACAACGUUUACUUGAAGUUUGUAGUGAAUUAGAAGAAUACAAGUAUGAGUCUGCAAUGAAUAUCACAGAAUCGUCAAGGACAGUAGCUGCUGCCUGUAUGGCGAGAGUCUACGAAAACAUGUAUUAUGAACAGGCAAGAGAAAAGUUUCACAGUCAAGUUGAUGAUUUUGUCAAAGAUAAGCUUUUGACUCCUGAUUUGGAAUCUAAAGUAAGAGUAACAGUAGCUAUAACAUCAUUACUACGUGGACCUCUUGAUGUAGGAAACUAUAUUAUAUCAAAAGACGGUAUCUUAGAGAUGAUUUUAGUCAUGGCUCAAACAGAUGACCCUUUACAGCAAAAAGUUGCUUGUGAAUGCUUAGUGGCUGCUGCAUCAAAGAAAGACAAAGCAAGAACUAUCAUUAAUAAGGGUGUUGAUAUUUUAAAAACCUUAUAUUCAAGUAAAAAUGAUGCUGUGAAAGUUAGAGCAUUAGUGGGUCUUUGUAAAAUAGGAAGCUUUGGUGGAGAUGAUGCAUCUAUACGUCCUUUUGCUGAUGGAUCUACAAAGAAAUUAGCAGAAGCUUGUACUAAAUUUUUAACCAAUCCAGCUAAAGACAAAGAUAUGAGGAAAUGGGCAGCAGAAGGUCUUUCUUAUCUAACUUUGGAUGCAGAUGUAAAGGAGGCAUUGGUUGAUAAUAGACUAGCUAUCCAAUCUCUUAUUGAACUAGCAAAAUCAGGUGAUCAGUCUUGCUUAUAUGGUGUAGUUACUACAUUAGUUAACUUAUGCAAUGCCUAUGAAAAGCAGGAAAUGAUGCCAGAAAUGUUAGAACUUGCAAAAUUUGCUAAACAUCAUAUACCAGAGCAGCAUGAACUAGAUGAUCCAGAUUUUGUUAAUAAAAGGUUGACAAUUCUUUGUAAAGCAGGGGUGACAACUGGCUUAGUUGCCUUAGCCAAAACAGAAAGUCAUAAUUCAAGAGAGUUGAUUGCUAGAGUUUUCAAUGCCAUAUGCAGCUUGCAAGAUUUAAGAGGCAUUGUAGUGCAACAAGGUGGGGCCAAAGUUCUUAUUCCUCUGGCACUUGAAGGUACCAGCAAUGGAAAAAAGCAAGCCACACAAGCUUUGGCUAGAAUUGGCAUUACAAUUAAUCCUGAAGUAGCAUUUCCUGGACAAAGAAACUUGGAAGUAGUAAGACCUUUAGUAGCUUUGCUGCACCCUGAAUGUACUGCCUUGGAAAAUUUUGAAGCACUGAUGGCACUUUGUAAUUUAGCAGGUAUGAAUGACACUACAAGAAAGAGAAUAUUAAAGGAAGGUGGGUUAGCUAAAAUUGAAAAUUACUUAUAUGAAGAUCAUUUAAUGUUAUCUAGAGCUGCAGCACAGUGUGUAUGCAAUUUAGUUCAAUCUGAUGAGGUUAUAAAAGCCUUUGAAGGUGAGAAUGACAGAGCUAAGUAUUUAUAUUUACUGUGUCAGGAAGAAGAUGUUGACACAGUCAUGGCUGCUGCCGGUGCACUGUGCAUCCUAACUUCAGUCAGUAAAAUUUGCUGUAGAAAGCUAUUAGAUCUGAACUCUUGGGUUGAAUCAUUAAGAUGCCUAUUAGCUAACCCAAACAAUGAAGUUCAAUACAGAGGAGCGUACAUGCUCUAUAAUAUCAUAAAUGGUGACCGAGAUACAGCUGCAAAAAUAUUUGAAACUGACAUAAUGGAAAUAUUAAUGGCACUAACAAAAUUAGAUAAUCCAGAACUAAACAAAGUCAAAGAGUAUGCAGAAAAGUGUUUAGCAGCAGCUGAAACUUUAGGAGUUAUUAGAAAGCCAGAAGAAGGAGCACCUAGCCAGUCUAUUCAGGAAGAAAAUAUAGAAGAAGAAGACUAAUAUCAGUAUAAAAUACUACUAUUAUUAAAUGAGAUUAAUAUGAAUAAAAUAACUGUAUUUAGUAUUAAAACAUGUGUGAAACUUUUUGUAGAAUGAAAAA